AUGCUCGUCGUUUGCUCUAUUGCACUUGGGGUACUGGCUUUUCCUCCGACUCUUUCUUACAAUGACGUACGCCUGGAACCGAUGUGCAAAGGUGGAAGGUAUGAUAAGAAGUACAUUCGUGGCAAGGUUCUCGCAAUCAUCAACGAACGUCGCGGUGAUUUGGCAGCGGGAUGGGAAGCAAAUGGACCAUUUAACGGGAAAAGCUAUGGAAAGCAACCGCCCGAAGCAGAGGCUAUGAACAAAAUGGAGUACAGCUGCAGCCUUGAGAGGAUGGCUUUCGCUUUGUUGGAUCAGUCUUGCUCGACCAACACCCCUACCGCUCCUAACGGAAUGACAGCCUUAUUCUACCACGAUGAUGCAAAGCACAACUUUGAUUUGAUGAGCGCAAUCUGGAAAUGGGAUUCACAGAUCGAGAAAUUUACAAUCAGUGACGAAGCUAUUACCGACGAACAAGUUGUAUACAAAAACAAGGAUCAUAAUUUAUGGGAGUAUUUGAACUUAAUGAGAGACACCACCUCAGAAAUGGGAUGCGCGGAGAUAACUUGCAGAGAUGGAGAUUUGCGGAAAUACAGAGCUGUUUGCCUACUCAAUAACAGCCCUCUCAAGGAUGGUGAUGUCGUCUACAAAGCCGGAAAUGGUGGUUGCAAUACGCUAGAGAAAUGUCGACGAGGUGGCCUUUGCGAAUUUGUUGAAUAUUGGAUGUGUCAUCGUCAUUUGCAUUCAAUCAUGCUCUUCAUCUCUUCUGUUGCAGUUGGGAUACUGCUUUCUUUCCCGACUCUUUCUCUAAGUGACGUACUCACGAAACCAGUGUGCAAAGGUGACAAGGAUUAUGAGAGCAACAUUCGUUACAGUGUUCUGGCGAUAGUCAACGAACGUCGCGGUACUUUACUAUCAGGAUGGGAAAUAAAUGGACCACCGUACGGGAGCAUACAUCAAAAGCUGCUCCCAGAAGGAGAAACUAUGAACGAAAUGGAGUACAGCUGCAGCCUUGAGAGGAUGGCUUUCGCUUUGUUGGAUCAGUCUUGCUCGACCAACACCCCUACCGCUCCUAACGGAAUGACAGCCUUAUUCUACCACAGUGACGCCGAGGGCUACUUUGGUUUGAUGAGCGCAGUCUUGGACUGGGAUUCACAAAUCAUGAGAUUUGCAAUCAGUGACGAAGCUAUUACCGACGAACAAGUUGUAUACAAGAACAAGGAUCAUAAUUUAUGGGAGUAUUUGAACUUAAUGAGAGACACCACCUCAGAAAUGGGAUGUGCGGAUAUAACUUGCAGAGAUGGAGAUUUGCGGAAAUACAGAGCUAUUUGCCUACUCAAUAACAGCCCUCUCACGGAUGGUGAUGUCAUCUACAAACUUGGAGAUGGUGGUUGCAACAGAAACGGGAUUUGCCGAAAAGGUGGCGUUUGCGAUUGGGCUGACUUCUGUGAUUAG